AUGCCAGCCAUUAAAAGUGUAGCAGUAAUCGGCGCGGGCCCAGCAGGUGCCAUUGCUGUCGAUGCCUUGAUGCAAGAAAAAGCCUUCGACGUGGUGCGGGUUUUUGAACGCCAGGAAAAAGCUGGUGGAUGUUGGGUCUCAAGAGAUGACGAACCUCCACGGCAACUCAAUUUUGACGGCUUAGCUUCGCGCACGGCAGAUAUGCCACUAGAUAUCCCGGAGCAGCUGCCGUGCCGAACCCCGGCAGGAAAUCAGGAUCGCUUCACUGACUCUCCUGUGUACCCUGGGCUGGAAACGAACGUGGAUGCUGGAGUCAUGUCGUACUCCCAAGAGCCGAUUCCCACUAUCCGGUCUCAGUGGUCAAUAGACCGCCACGGGCCGGAGACCCCUUUCAGACACCAUACUGUCAUUCGGCAGUACAUUGAGGAUCUCUUAAUUAAGAAGGGACACGGCGGUCUUGUUGAAUAUAACACGACUGUUGAGCGGGCGAUCAAGCAUUCUGACAAAUGGAUUUUAACUUUGCGCCGCCGGGAAAUCCAUAAUGGAAGUCCGUCAGAUUACUGGUGGACCGAGGUAUUCGAUGCGGUGGUGGUUGCUUCAGGCCACUAUGCAGUGCCAUAUAUCCCUGCUAUUCCCGGGUUGGAAGAGUUUGCAAAGGCAUAUCCUCGCAGCGUUGAACAUACUAAGCAUUAUCGAGGAGCGGAGAAUUACCGAGGAAAGAAAGUCGUUACCGUCGGAGCGUCAGUCUCUGCCGCAGAUACAGCAGUCAGUCUAAUUGACAGUGCUCAAACCCCCAUCCACGCCGUAGUCCGCGGCCGCUACAACGUCUACUUCGGCGAUGAAGCCUUUAAACACCCAAAGAUCCAGCGCCGAGCCCCAAUCUCACACAUCACUACCCAAGACCGAACAGUGCAUUUCGAAGACGGAACCUCCGUCAGCGAUGUUGACAACAUCAUCUUCGGCACUGGUUUCACUUGGACACUACCAUUCAUCCCACAUGUCCCAACACGCAGUAACCGUGUCCCCGAUUUAUACCAACACGUCUUCUAUCGCCAUGAUCCCAGUCUUGUCUUCAUCGGAGCCGUUGGCGCUGGUCUCACCUUCAAGGUAUUUGAGUGGCAGGCUGUUGCAGCUGCACGGAUCCUUGCAGGCAGGGGUACAUUGCCUCCGCUGUCUGAGCAGGAGAAUUGGGAGACGGACCGGAUCGCGCAGAAAGGCGAUGGUCCCGCGUUCACAGUCAUCAAUCCUGAUUUCAGGGCGUAUUUUGAAGAACUCCGUCGAAUUGCAGGGGAGCCAGGCAAGGGUGUGCCUGGACGGCGAUUGCCGCCCUUUGAUCAGAAAUGGGUGGAUGAUUUUGAUGCAGGGCAUGAGCGGAGAAAGAAGAUGUGGAAACGGGCCAAUCUGGCGGCGAAGCUUUAG